CUUGAAAUAUAAGCAAAUGGACACUUGGAAGCAUACUCAGGGAGGAAAUGACCUUGAACUGGUGAAUAAGGAAAUUACAAAACCUCUUAUUGAGAAGGAGGACGAUGAUGGGAACGAGACUUGUCUCAGUUCAAGAGGUUCAGAAGGAGAGGCUUCAAAAAUGUUGAUUGCUUAUAUGUGCAUCACCACUAUGUUGCUAGAUUGAUCUUAUGGGAUAUGAGCUCCACUGCUACCUAUUGAUGCUGAAAAGCAUAACAUCGACCAGAUAUACCUUGGCUUCAUGUUUUGUGUGUACAGUGUCUCUAUGGCAAUGUUUUGCCCUAUUGUUGGGAAAUAUCUAUACACUCUUGGAAGAAGAAAUAUGUGUAAAUGGGGAAUGAUUGUUGUUGCAGUUCCCUCUCUAGGAUUCUUCCUAAACAACUAUACAACUAACUCUACAUUGUAUAUUGCUAUCUUUAUGACAAUGAGAGUGAUUCAGGGGAUUGGAACGAGUAUGGUUCAGACUUCAUCAUACUCCAUCCUUACUCUUAUUUAUCCUUCAGAAAUUAAUUUUGCUGUUGCUUACAUCGAAACUUCAGCAGGACUUGGCCUGAGUCUGGGACCAGUGGUAGGAACAAUCCUAUAUGAGUUUGGAGGAAGUGCAGCCCCUUUUCUUACUUUCUUUGUAAUCUGCUUAAUCAUUGGGUUAGUGAUUAAGAGGUUGAUUCCAGAAUUUGUAGAUGAGAUUCAAGAAGAUUUUACUGAAAAUGAAAUAAUAAAGCCUAAGUAUUCUGAACUCUUGAGCAAUAAGAGGAUAUUAUUUGCAUGCUUGUGUGUGUUCAUUGCUGUGUUCCAGUUUGCAUUUAUUGAUCCCAUUCUAGCAGAAUACGUGGAGAAUGCAUUCAAUUUUAAGCCCCAAACGUCUGGAUAUUUCUUUCUUGCUCUUGGUCUGGGAUACAUGGUCAGCUGAAUUGUCAGCCCAAUGUACCUUGACUACUUCUCAAACAUGAGAGUAGCGAUGCUGUCAUGCUUUUUGUUAGGGGUUUUGACGAUGUUCUACAGUUCCUCUUACAUAUUAUGGUUCUUAACCCCAAACAUGUUAGUUUUGGCAAUGGCUCUUUUAUUAGCAGGGAUCGCCAACUCUCAUUUGAUGAUAACUCCGAUGGAAGAGAUGAUAGAAGGAGCAAAAGAUUUAAACGACUCUGAAAGCGAAGGGAUCAAUGAUAUGUGCUCAGGCUUGUUUAACAUGUUCUUUGCUCUCGGUGAAAUUUUUGGACCAAUGAUUGGUAAUCUUGUAUUCAGCAUAUGAGACUUCCCCACAAUAUGUGAUGCUCUUGGACUAAUAUGAAUGAUAUUCGCAGUUAUAUACUUCCUCACUUGUGACUUUUCUCUUCACAAAAAGCACUCAUAUCUUGAUAAAUCCUAAAGCAUCUCUAACCCACCACAACAAACCCUU